AUGGGCUCCUACGACCCAAUGCCCGCCUCUCCCCCAGUCUCCCCUCCUAAUGGCUACCAUGGUGCCAACGGUUUCUCGACUCCUCUCUUUCCAUCAAAGCCCAACAUUCUUUUCAUCAUGGCCGACCAACUGGCCGCUCCUCUGUUGAAGAUGCACAAUCCCAAGUCGCAGAUCAAGACCCCAAACCUCGACAAGCUGGCGGAACGCUCGGUCGUUUUCGACUCGGCCUACUGCAACUCACCACUGUGCGCCCCCUCCCGCAUGUGCCUCAUCAGCGGUCAACUCCCCUCCAAGAUAGGCUCCUACGACAAUGCCUGUUCCAUUCCCUCGGAGACUCCUACAUAUGCGCAUUACCUGCGAGCGGCGGGUUACGAGACCACGUUGGCGGGCAAGAUGCACUUUAUCGGAGACCAGUUGCAUGGGUAUGAAAACAGGUUGACUGCGGACAUCUAUCCAGGCGACUUUGGCUGGGCGGUGAACUGGGAUGACCCUGAUCGCAGACUAGAAUGGUACCACAACAGUAGCUCGAUCCUGCAAGCAGGGCCCUGUGUGCGCACCAACCAGCUCGACUAUGAUGAGGAGGUUCUGUACAAGUCCAAGCAGUAUCUGUAUGACUAUGCCCGGGAGGCGCCUGGAAAGAGGCCAUUUGCCUUGACGGUAUCUUUCACCCAUCCUCAUGACCCCUACGCCAUCGAGGACAAGUAUUGGGAUCUGUACGAAGGUGUUGACAUCGAGCUCCCCGAUGUCAAAAUCAACCCGGCAGACCAAGAUCCCCAUAGCCGGCGUCUAAUGCACGUCUGCGAGCUGGAAGGUCACGACUUCACCGACGAGCAAAUCAAGCGUGCCAGACGCGCAUACUACGGUGCGGUGAGUUAUGUGGAUGAUUGUAUCGGCCAAUUACUUGAUGUGAUCAAGAAGUGUGGAUUGGACAAUGACACCAUCGUCAUGUUCUCUGGUGACCACGGAGACAUGUUGGGUGAGAGGGGGUUGUGGUACAAGAUGUCCUAUUUCGAGAACUCGGUCCGAGUGCCUAUGCUCAUCAGCCACCCAACACAAUUCACUCCUCACCGCGUGUCGCAGAAUGUAUCGACGCUAGAUCUGAUGCCGACUCUCGUGGAUCUCAUCGGAUCUAAACUAGUCCCCGGGUUACCGAUGGACGGCCUAUCAUUGAUGCCUCAUCUGUAUGGCGGCAGCGGUGGCCAUGACACUGUGUUUGCCGAGUACAUGGGUGAAGGAACCGUGGCACCGCUGAUGAUGAUCCGACGUGGCGACUGGAAAUACAUCACAUGUCCGAUCGAUCCUCCCCAGUUGUUCAACUUGCGCAAGGAUCCGCGCGAACUGGUCAACCUUGCAACAAGCGAAGAUGCCGAAACUCAAGCCGUUUUCAAGGCGUUCGAGGCGGAGGCCAACAAGAAGUGGGACUUCAAGAAGAUCACCGAAGACGUUUUGAUCUGUCAGCGUCAACGCCGCUUGGUGUGGUCGGCUCUGACCCAGGGUCGCUUCGAGAGCUGGGAUUGGAAAGGUCACGAGGACGGCCGAACCAAGUAUAUCCGUUCCCAAACCCCUCUGGACGAACUCGAGCGACGAGCCCGGUACCCGAUGCACAGCAAUGUUCCUGCUCACAUCACGGUCAACAACAAGGCCGAGGUGGUCUGUCUUCAACCGAAAAGACUGACUGAAAUUGCGAGUGACGCCGUCCAUUACAGGUGA